AUGGAAAAGGGACAAGCUCAGUGGAGAGAGAAGAUACGGACACCUCUUCAGAACAGAAGAGAGUCAAACACAAAAAUGAAACUCACAAGAUAUGGAAAGAUUUCCCUGGGUGUCUUAAUGAUGGUGAUUGCUGCUGUGGUCAUUGGACUCAUUGUUUAUUUUGUCGCUUAUGGUAAAACACCUUUCUACUAUCACAUCAGCUUUAAAGUCAAUAACAUUGACUAUGACAGCAAGUUUCAAAAACCAUAUUCACAAGAAUAUAUAGAACUAAAUGGAAACAUAGUGUUUUUGAUAAAUGAAACAUUUCAUAGAUCCAAACUGAGAAGACAGUAUGUCACAUCUCAUGUCGUCCAAGUAAGCCAAGCCAGAGGGAAACCAGUAGUGCACACUGUGCUGAAGUUUAAAUCCUGUUAUAAAAAUAAUACAGCAAAAUUUCGGGAUCGGAUCAAAACCACUUUGCAUGAGAUGCUAAAAGGCGAUACUGGUUCUCUACGUAUAGAUUCUUCCUCAUUUAAAUUUGCAGACAUUGCGAUGCCAGCAGCAGAAAAUCUUCUCCAUGUCUGUUGUGGACAUCGCACAAUAACUCCUUCCGGCAACAAAAUAGCAGGGGGCAUGGAUGCCCAGGAAGGGGAAUGGCCCUGGCAAGCUAGUCUUCAACAAAACAAUGUCCAUCGAUGCGGAGCCACUCUGAUUAGUAACAGCUGGCUUGUCACUGCUGCUCACUGUUUCAUAGAGGUCAGUGAUCCCAAAGAAUGGAAUGUUAGUUUUGGGCUUCUUUUAAGCGAUCCACAAAUACAGCGAGGUAUCAAGGAUAUUAUAAUUCACGAACGCUACCACUACCCUGCUCAUGAUAAUGAUAUUGCUGUUGUACAUAUAUCUUCACCAGUAUUAUACUCAAGCAAUAUCCGAAGAGCAUGUCUUCCAGAAGCUACUGUUACAUUUCCACCCAAUUCAGAUGCGGUGGUCACAGGAUGGGGAACAUUAAAAUUUAAUGGAAAAAUUCCUAAUAUACUCCAAAAAGGAUUAGUGAAGAUUAUAGAUAAUAAGACCUGCAACAGUGAAACGGUAUAUGGUGGUGUCAUCACACCUGGAAUGCUGUGUGCCGGGUUCUUGAAGGGACGUGUGGAUGCCUGCCAGGGUGACUCUGGUGGACCUCUGGUUCGUGCAGAUUCUAAAGGCAUCUGGUUCCUUGCUGGCAUUGUAAGCUGGGGAGAUGAAUGUGCUCUUCCAAACAAACCUGGAGUCUACACUCGAGUGACAUACUAUCGAGACUGGAUCAGGUCCAAAACUGGUCUCUAA